UAAAGGACUAUAGCACUAAAACUUGCUAUCUAUAUAUAUAUGUAUUUAUACUUCUCACUUCCCGCAUAAGCUCACAAUUAAAAAUUGAUCCGAAGCAUGUACAUAUCAAUAAUACUCAGAUCAAUAUUUAAGUACAAAAGCAGCAUGGCUUAAUCGAUAAAUUUAAAAAUGUGCAAAAUUGGCACAUUCCUAUAAAGAUAUUCUCAGUAUCCUGUCCACUUUCCUCUAUAAAUACCGGUCACGCUCCCCUCUACCCUCUCUCACCAAACUCUUCCUCUCUUUCUCCCUUCCCUCUUCUGAAUCUAUCCAAAGGUAAAUUUUCCAGCGCAUGGCAGUUUGCUUGCAGUCUAAUGUGGCUUCUGAUCUCUGCAUCGGAAAACCAUCGCUGAGAUCGAUACCGAUCACCGCGAGCGUCGGCGAAGCGUUGGUGGCGCUGAGGGAAUGGGGAGAGGCUAAGCUUGGAGUCGCGUUAGGUGAGAAGAAGAGCAAGGACAAGGCAGGAGGCAUCGUAGGAGAUAUUUGUAUGGUUGAUGUGUUAUGCUAUUUAUGUUCUCAGCAGAACAUCAAGUGCCCUGUUUCUGCUCUUCAGAACCCCGUUUCAGUUCUCCUGUCGAAAGGCGAUGGAGUCGUUAGAGCCAUCGAUCCAGAUUCGAGGUAUGAAUUUUACAUAAUUAUCGUGGAUUAUUUAGAAUUUUUUUGCAGGAAACUGCUAUUAUAUUGGAUGUUCUGGACGUCAUUCUUGAUGAGAAUGUGCAGGCCUCCAUGCUUCACUAUCGACGCCUCUUUUGCCUUCCAGAAGCAAAAGCAUCAAGAAUUCAGCUGGCUAACGCAAGAGGACCUGCUCCGUUUCUUCCUCAACAACAUUUCCUCUUCUCCUCCAUCGCCCCCUCUCCGUCGCCGACGCCGCCUCGCUGCGCCGACGUCCUCUCCAUCCACCACGUCGCUCCGGCGACCUCGCCCUCCCCCUCCUCCGCUCGCCCUCCUUGACGGCAGGCUCCGUCGCGUCGUCACCGACGACAGGAAACUCAUCGGCGACAUCCCCCCGUCGAUCCUCUCCGGCCUGUUUUCUGACGACACGGUCGCCCCCGCCGUGGCAUCUCUCUCCGUUGCCGAGCUCAUGGCCUACAUCGACGACUGCUGCAGCCACAGGUCAGCGUCAGAGCCUGCCCUGCAGCGCGUCAAGGCCAGACUGCAGGAGGAGGGGCUAACAGGAAUGUUGGGGUUCUUGGAGGGAAAUGAAGUUACGUUUCCAAUGUCUCCGUCAUCGUCGGAUGACGACGAGUCGGUCAAGAAAUCGAGGAAGCCGAGAAGGAUGAGGUCAGGGAGCUACAUGGGGAGGAGGUCGGAGGAGGUGGCUGUGUGUUAUGAGGAGAGCUCGCUGGUGGCGGUGAUGGUGCAGGCGCUGGCGCAUAGAGUGAACUAUGUGUGGGUUGUUGAUGAUGAAGAGGAGUUCGGGCUUGUUGGGAUUGUCACGUUUCAGGAUAUGUUGAGGGUGUUCAGGGAGCAGAUUCAGUGAACCACCCCAACUUUUUUGGUGUUAAUUUUGUGUCAAUAGUUUUGGCCUCUGUUUGUUUGUUCCAUCCCCCCGAUCUUUUUUCUUUUCUUUUUUUUUUUUUUUUGUUGGACCAUGAAAAGUUGCAAAAUGUUUCAUUAUUCCCUCUAAGAAGAAAUUUGCUUCUUGGCAUUGUAUCUU